AUGGCUCCUGGGGACCGGGUCCACUGGGACGGGUCAAAAGUCUGGGGUCUGGGGUCGCCGUGCAAGAGACAGCGGUGUAUAGACGAGGGCGAUCUUGAGACACCGCAGGGACUGGGUCCAGCUGAUUCUGACGACAAGGAAGAAGAGGAUGUCGACUGGGAGGAUGCUAUCAACACUAAUACGACCAGCGCAACGACGCCUAUCGUCGCCGGGCCCCAACUGGAGCUACAAGAUUUAGAGCUAAUCCUGGACAAGAACGAAGUCUUCGUUCAUGUAUCAGACCUCUUGGAUGGCAAGAAAGGGCCGAGCAAGAUCGAACGCCAGAUUCGCAUCCUGUCUCAUUGCAUGCACGUCCAGUGUCUGAUCUUCCACAAUGCCAUUCGAAAUGCCUGGGUAAAUGACAAAAAAGUCUACGAGACAUUAAUGCUCGAGUCGGCGACUUUGAAGAAGAAGCAAAGACUAUCCUGA